UUGACUUGUUUUUUUAUUAAAAUACAUUUUAAUUUUCAUUGGAAAUCCAGUAUCAUGCCCAAAAUCAAGCAACAAAUACAAGGAUAAUUAAACCACAUUCACAAAGUCUCACUAGACUCUUGCUAGGGACUGAAUAUUUGUGUCCUCCCCAAAUUCAUAUGUUGAAAUCCUAACCCCAAGAUGAUGGUAUUAGGAGGUAAGGCCUUUGGGACCUACCUCUAGGGAACCCAAACCAAGACAAAUGGAAUAGAUGUACACACAGCAACACAAAUCAAUGCUAAAAACAUUAUGCUUCCUGCCCAAAGUAGGAAGAAGAAUGCGAUACACAAAAUAAUGCCAUUUACAUAAAUGAAAAAGGCACAUAUACUGCACAACUCAGAUUUUGCAAAAAUACCUCCAAACAAAAUGAUGCACAUCAGACAAUUAAAAUGGUUACCGAUUGGGAGGAGUUAGCUAAUGGGCAGGGUGGCUACUAGAAACACAGCAGCUGUGUGUGAAUUUUAAAAAGGCACCUCUCUGGGUAGAAGCAGCCCUUUUGGACAGCGAAGGCUUACGGGGCUGAGAGAAUGAAUGAAUACAUAAAACAUGAAAGGGGCUUUGCAUGGAGCAGUGACCAUCAUUUGCCAUGCAGAAGGUGGACUGGGGAGUGUUCAAAGGUCUGCUGAUUCCAGGAUUUGGGAGUUCUACUUCUAGAACUUGUUAGGGCAAAGUCCCCCAGCCCCCACUCCCACCCUACUGCAGUUACUAGUACCUCCUAUUGUAUUCCAGACUGAAGGGGGGCUGAGGACCUGGGGUCUGACCACAGGACCAGAUCCCUGGCUGGGGGCACAACUCCGCCAGCCCGUUUCUCUCCUUGUCCUGGCAGCCUUCACUGCUAAUCUUGCCUGUUGUCCCCUAGGUCACCUACACUUCCUAAUGGUGAGCAGCGUGUUGGCAGUUCUGGGGUUCUCCCUCACCUGCAUCUCGGCCCUCAGCCUCUUCUCCCCUGCCUGGUUCCAGACGCCCACCUUCUCCUUUGGUGUCCUCACCUACUGCUCCUGGCCUCAGGGUGACAGCUGGAACCAGAACUGCUGGGUGACCUUCAGGUCCCUGGAGGAUAUUCCUGACUUUGCAUGGAAGGUCUCAGCUGUGCUGCUCCUUGGAGGUUGGCUCCUGUUGGCCAUCAAUGCAAUUCUCCUCCUGUCCUGGGCCCUAGCCCCCAAAGGGUUGUGCCCAAGAAGGGGCAGUGGCCCAUUUCUAGGGGUGCAGUUAGCAGCAGCCACCACCACCAUUGUGGGCCUGCUGGUUUUCCCAAUCAGCCUAGGCUCUCCAUUUGCCAAGGAAGUCUGCGAAGCCUCCUCCAGAUACUAUGGUGGGAAGUGCCAGCUGGGCUGGGGCUACAUGACCGCCAUCCUCAAUGCAGUCCUGGCCAGUCUCCUGCCCAUCAUCAGUUGGCCUGGUGUAACCAAGGUCCAAGGACGGACCAUCCUCUUCUCCAGUGACACUGAGAGAAUCAUCCUCAUGCCAGAAAUGAACAAAUAAAAGUCUCCUGGGAGGAACAAAAAGAACCCACUCUAGAAUUGUAUGAAAUCACAAUGUACCCGGAUUCAAAUCCCACCUCUGCUGCUUCCUUGCUGUGUAACCUCAGGCAAGCCACUUCACCCCUCUGGAUCCAGCUUUUUCUUCUGUGAAAUGGAGGUCGAAAUAAUCCCUACCUCACAGAGUUGUUAUGAGAAUUAACAUGAGAUAUUUUAUGAAGAUAAAGCACUUCACACAGUGUCUGGCACCUAGCAUUCAAUAAACGUUAGCUACUGUCAUUAUAAACCCUACCUCACAGGACUGUGGUGAGAAUUAAAUGUAUUUAAACAAAGUGCCUAGGGCAAUUUUGAGGACUUGGCUGCCACUCAAACCCCAAAUCUUUUAAUGGACAUGUGCAUCUUCCCUCUCUCUUCCCUCCCUUUUUAUAAUUUCUCCUCUCUUGGAGAAUGUGAACAUUAUUCAUUUUCCCAUCAAAUAUGUAGUGAGUGUCUGUUA